UCAAGGGGGUUACCCCAGUGUAGUAACAUGUUAUUUAUUCAAAAAGUAAUGAAUUUCGCCAGUAUCGUUGAAAAUUUCGCGCGCAGAUACUACUAAUAGGUAUAAUAAACAGUGACGACAUAAAUUAAGUGCGAUACCAAUAAAAAAAAGUGUUCAAAAUGUCCACAGAGGAUGUGAAACCUAUCACGGUAAAAAAACUGCCACUAAUAUUGAAUAAGAACAUAAUAAUACAGAAAGGUAUAAAGCCGUUCAAGAGUAAUAUGAAGCUAGUGAAAUCGUUGCAAAAUUCCGUGCAAGAGGACAUUAUUUACACGUCGAAAACGGGGGAUUUCACGGCGGGGGAAGUCCGUAAUAUGACUAUUGUGAAUCGUCUGAACAUGUUGACUAAUUCUUGUACAACAGUUGCUAAGUGUCAGAGCCACAGCGGCCAGGUUUACGAGAAAACCUCAGAAGAAAUUACUAAACUAAUCGGUCAAAAUAACUACGAUUUUUUAUUUAGUUCCAUAUGUUCAAUUAUAAGUCAUGAACUUAAAAUUAGAAGCAUAAAUUCUCUGUUGACAGUUCCGAAAAAAAAUAAAAGUGUAUCUUGCCAGACUGAAGGCAGUAUAGAGGUUGGUGACAAAAAGGACAGUGUUGAUGUGUGUUGUCAGACUCAUGAAUCGUCUAUGGACGAGUUAAAAAAAUUUACUCCGAAACGCAGAGUGAAAAGACAGCAGUUGGCUCCUUAUGUGGUCAAAGACGGGCCUACAGAGAAACAGCCAAGAAAAGUGGUCAUAUCACCAAAUGAAUUUGACACGUUAUUCGUGAAAGAAGAAGAAACCAUUACAAAACAGGACACUGCCUCAACGGUCUCGUUACCGGAACUCGGUUCCGUCUUCGACGAAGAUUCUAACAACAGUAUCGGUAGAUUUUCAUCAUUAUCGGUGGCGACUACACCAGAUUUACUGAUCAAUCCUUUCAAUAUGUUAGUUGAUAAGCAUACAAAAGACGUUACCGUGAGCGUAGAGAGACAAAAUGUGACCGAAACAGAAUACAAAUUACAUAAUAUGGAUGGGGGUUUGAGUCCGUUGACUGGAAAGGUAGAAUUCGUAGCUCAAGACUUGCAAAGCAUCCCUAAAGAGCAAAGAACAUUGCUAUUACUACGCCAAGGAAUUAUUGAUUGGAAAAAAUGCUUAACACCAGAUAACGAUGGGCAUUUGCCUAUCCACAUAGCUGUCCUGACAAAUGACGUGGAUUUGCUCAGAAGACAAUGUAUAGCAUUAAAAAGAAGAGAAAUGACAGUGGAUCUGAAAGCAGAUGGAUUGACGCCACUUCGAAUGUCGCUCUUCCAAGAAAACACGCAUUUAACCUCCAUUCUCCUACACUUCGGGGCCGAUGUCAUGGACAUUGAUGAAGAUGAUAGAACGGUCUUCCAUAUCGCUGCAGAGAUGGCCACUGAACAUCUGCCAGUACUCGUUACUUACUGUCAGCAGAAUGCUAGACAAAUACUCCAUGAAAAUGAAGAAUUAUGGAGACCAGGUUACGAAGACAAGCCUGAUGAGGAACUGGCUCCGAUCCUUAUGAUGCAUAUCAAUAAACUAUUUGAUAAUCAAGGCUACACGGCACUGAUGCUGGCCAGCAAGUUGGGCAGGUACAACAACGUGCUGUGUCUAGUGGAGAGUUGCAGGGCCGCCGUGAAUGUCACGAUGCCCAACAGUGGGAAUACGGCGCUGUAUCUAGCUGUUGGUGCCGCUUGCAUGGAUUCUGCCGAACGAGGAAACAAGACUAAAAUAGUGGAUCACUUCGGAAAAACCGUGGAAAUUCUAGUUGAAAAUGGCGCCGAUCCUAAUAUUGAUAACUUUGCUGGUUCCAGCGUGAACGAUUUAUUAACGGAAUUUAAUAUUGGAGAAUUAUCCAUGUUAAUAGCUAACAAACUAACUUCAGUUCGCUAUUUUGGGGGUCAACUACCAAAUGGGGUUAAAGGUAGUGACUUCAUGCUUUUCAAGGACGAUGCGGGCAGAGUCAAUAUAAAAGAUGUACAUAAUAAAAAGCGUCCGCCUAAAGCGAAAAGUUCGCCGGUUAUUCUAGAAAAUGUCCCGUAUAAACCACCGGUUAAUCUUGAUACGGUUAUAGUAAAACCUAGUGCUAAAGUUCUGCCGGUUAAAGCUGCGGCUAAAGUGGAUAACUCGAAAGAUAAAGUUAAUACAAUGCAAAGUUACACACCCAUGAUCAAGAAUUUUAAACUAAGUAAACCUGUAUUGAUAAAAUCGGAUUUAAACAAUAAGAAAAGGAAGUUAGAAAUAGUUAUGGAACCCAGCAAAAGUAAGAAAAGUACUACUGAUUAACAUUAGCUGGGUAAUUCGAGAAUUUACCAAAUCUCGGACGUGGAAACUACAAGAUUGAGAAAGAGAAAGAAAAUCCUGAAAAAUUCAGAAAAGAUAACAGGAGACUUUGAAGAUCUUUAAAAAGAGAAGUUAAAAUAUCUGUACUUCUGAAUAUGAGAAGAUUUAACAACUUCUGAAAACGAAUAGCAUAUCCACUAGUAACCAUUUAAAAUUGUACUCAAUAAAAAGUAAUAAAUGGUUAGACAUUAAAAAAAAUGCGAAUAAUACGAGAAAAGAGAGAAGACUUAAUAUCUAUACUUCUGAAAAUGAGAAGCAUAACCAACAAUUACUUUAAGAUAAAAAUGGUUAUUAAAAAAAAAAACUUGGUAUGUAUGUUGGUGGAGCCUAUGUUGGGGUCGGCUUCCAAUCUAACCGGAUUCAGCUGAGUACCAGUGUGUCACAAGGAGCGACUGCCUAUCUGACCUCCUCAACACAGUUACCUGGGCAACCCAAUACCCCUUGGUUAGACUGGUGUCAGACUUACUGGCUUCUGACUACCCGUAACGACUGCCAAGGAUGUUCAAUGACAGCCGGGACCUACCUACGGAUAGUCGAAUAAGUAUAUGAAAUAUGCAACGAAAGAAAACGUUGUAAUUUUAAAACAAAUUGACUGAAAAAAUUUCGUUUAACCAGAUUCACUGGAGAAUAUAUAAAACGGGUAUUAUGAGAAAUUAGGAUUAAAAGAAAAUUAGGUUUAAUUAGUAUUUUGAAUAUGAUUUGGUUUUCAUUUUUAAGCUUUUUGGUUCAAUUCUUAUUUUUUGUACGGAGAGUUGCACCAUUUAACUAUAACGAUAACCGAACCAUUUUCAGUAGUCAAAUCGCCGAUGUGAGCAAUGCGCGGCAAGUAUACGACUGGUUAUGGUUUGGUUAUCGUUAUAGUUAAAUGGUCCACAUUCUUACAGUUAUAAAUGUGAAAGUAGCUGUCUGUUUGUCGUUAUUUCACGCCAAAACUAUUGAAACAAUUUUAAUGUUAUUUGGUACAGCCUGAGAAAGGUUUUGGUAGAAAUGGGAUCUAAGGAUUGAGGGUUAUUUUUAACCUGGGGCCCGAUUCUCCUAAGUUAAUAAUGUCAAAAUUGAAUAGAAAUUGAAUUGCAAUAUGAUCGCAAUAGCAGUUUUAACCAUAUCGGGCAUUGUGCUACUAAUAUAAGACCAAUCGUAUUCCAACGACAUUCGAUUGGUCUGCUAUUUUGGUGAUUUUGGUCUAUACGGUAGUUUGCUCUACAAUCAUAUUGCAAUCGUAAAUUAUUUGCAGACAAAAUGAUUCAUUAUUGAAUGACAGAAAAGGGUAAAAACCUUUAUGUUAAAAAAAAAUGCAGAAUGCCACAUACGCUUCAAUCGUAAUGAGGGUUUUCGAUACUUUUUCUGCCGCCAGGCGGCGCUUCGUAUGCGUCAGGUCCAAACAGCUGUCAAAUAGUAUGGAAUUGUAGGGUCCGAACUUAUUGUUUAUUGAAAUUCUGUGAUAUUGGAAGUGUUAUUGAUUUUAUUAUGGACUACGGUCAGAAUAAGGUUUCCGAACUAAAAAUUGAGCUAAGAGAGAGGGUGCAAAAGUCACUGGUACUAAGGAAAAGCUUGUUGAAAAAUUUGUUAACACAAUAUGAUUUAGUUUUUUUUAUUUACUCAACCUCAAUAGUAAAACAAUAAUGCAGUGCUUUAAUUAUAAAAUAAAAAAAAAACACUAAAAUCGUUCACUAUUCAUAGUAAAGAUAAGCACUUUGACAGUUACCUGGACCUGACGACUCGGUGCUGCCACCUCGUGGACGCCAUUUUAGAAAACCGUCAUUGAGUCGGCAUUGGAUCUCAGUCGAAUGUGAAUCGUAUGUCGCUUAAGUAAAAUUAGGAGAAUCGGGCCCCAGGUGGGUUCUUUCGGCAAGCGGGUGGAAUCGCGGGAAAAAUCGAGUUGUGAAAGGAAGUUAUGGCAAAAAUUAAUUCUAAAUCUAUAAGUAAGUCAUACCUACAUAUUAUUAGGUAUGUAUUUAAAUAGUUAAAUAUAUUGCACUUUACUUAUGUUUUAUUUUGAACUAUUAACGGAUCAGAGCUCUAGCCAAUAUUUAAGUUUUUUUUUAGCUAAUAAUAUAUGUGUAUUAUGUAAUGAAGUAUAUGUUAUAGAAAUAAUUUCUAAGUAAAUCAACAUGUAUUUAUUUUGUGAAUAAUUUCGGGUGAAUUGCAUAAUUUAACUAUAACGAUAACCAAACCAUUUUCAGUUGUCAAAUCGCCGAUGUGACCAAUGGGCGGCAAGUAUACGGCUGGUUAUAGUUUGGUUAUAAGUCGUGGUAGCCUAGUGGGUAAAGAACCAACCUCUCGAGUAUGAGUGUGUGGGUUCGAUUCCAGGUCAGGCAAGUACCAAUGCAACUUUUCUAAGUUUGUAUGUACUUUCUAAGUAAUCUUUGACACCAAUGGCUGAUAAAAAAAAGGUGAAGGAAAACAUCUUGAGGAAACCUGGACUAUAAAGUCUGGAAUCACCAACCCGCAUUGAGCAAGCGUGGUGAUUAAUGCUCAAUCCUUCUCCGUGUGAGAGGAGGCCGCAGCCCAGCAGUGGGACGAUAAAAAGGCUGUAACAGUAACAACAGUAUAGUUUGGUUAUCGUUAUAGUUAAAUAGUAGUAGCCUUCCUUAGACGAUAAAACACGUUACUGCUCAUAUUAUUAACUGAUAUAUUAAUAUAUCAAUGUUUUAUUUACCAUUAAAAUAUCUUCUGUUUGAAAAGAUCUGUCGAUGAACGUACAAAUAUGUAAUUUACAAAACAUGCUUGAAUGUCACUUUUUACUAUAUACAUGUACAAUUUUCCUACCAAUUGGGUUGAAAAUAUAGCCUACCAAUUGGGUUGAAAAUAUAGGUAAUCUAAAUAAUAAUAUUUAUUAACCGUAUGUUUGGCUGUUUUUCUUUAAUAUUCAAUAACAUCCUAAUUAAGAACCUCCAUUUAAGGAAUUUAGUUUAAAAUGUAGAAAAUUCGAUUAAAUGUUUAAUUUGACUGGUGUA